AUGUCUACAGCUCCAACAAAAAAACAACCAUUUAAAGUUGCUGAUUUAAGUUUAGCUGAUUGGGGUCGUAAAGAAAUAAUUCUAGCUGAAUAUGAAAUGCCCGGUUUAAUGCAAUUACGACGAACUUAUGGUCCAACACAACCAUUAAAAGGUGCACGUAUUGCUGGUUGUCUUCAUAUGACUGUUCAAACAGCUGUACUUAUUGAAACAUUAAUUGCAUUAGGAGCUGAAGUUCAAUGGAGUAGUUGUAAUAUUUUUUCAACACAGGAUCAUGCAGCAGCUGCUAUUGCUAAAGUUGGUAUACCUGUUUAUGCAUGGAAAGGUGAAACGGAUGAAGAAUAUAUUUGGUGUAUCGAACAAACAUUAUUUUUUGGUGCUGAUAAUAAACCAUUAAAUAUGAUUUUAGAUGAUGGCGGCGAUUUAACUGGUAUUGUUCAUGAUAAAUAUCCUGAAUUAGCAUCGGGUAUUUUUGGCAUUAGUGAAGAAACAACAACAGGUGUACAUGCACUUUAUAAAAUGCUUAAACAAGAAAAACUUAAAAUACCAGCUAUUAAUGUUAAUGAUUCAGUAACAAAAUCAAAAUUUGAUAAUUUAUAUGGUUGUCGUGAAUCCCUUAUUGAUGGUAUUAAACGUGCAACUGAUAUUAUGAUUGCUGGUAAAGUUGCUGUUGUUGCUGGUUAUGGUGAUGUUGGUAAAGGUAGUGCAAGAGCAUUAAGAAAUUUUGGUGCUCGUGUUAUUGUUACUGAAAUUGAUCCAAUUAAUGCUUUACAAGCAGCUAUGGAAGGCUAUGAAGUAACUACAAUGGAAGAAGCAUGUAAAAUUGGUCGUAUAUUUGUAACAACUACUGGAUGUCGAGAUAUAAUAUUAUCGCGACAUAUGUUGGAAAUGCCUGAUAAUGCUAUUGUUUGUAAUAUUGGUCAUUUUGAUGUUGAAAUUGAUGUUGCUUGGCUUGUUAAAAAUGCAGUCUCAAAAGAAGUUAUUAAACCACAAGUUGAUCGAUUUAAAUUAUCAAAUGGACGUUCAAUUAUUUUACUUGCUGAAGGUCGACUUGUUAAUCUUGGUUGUGCUCAUGGACAUCCAAGUUUUGUUAUGAGUAAUUCAUUUACAAAUCAAGUUCUUGCUCAAAUUGAAUUAUAUACCAAACAUGGUCAAUAUCCAGUUGGUGUUUAUAUAUUACCUAAGAAGCUUGAUGAAGAAGUUGCUGCUGCUCAUCUUGAUCAUUUAGGUGUUCGUUUGAGUAAAAUGACAAAUGAACAAGCUAAAUAUCUAGAUUUAAAUGUUGAUGGUCCAUUCAAACCCGAACAUUAUCGAUACUAA